AUGUUCAAGAGCGGUCUUGCCCGGACCUUCGGGAGGGCUGCUUUUGCUCGACCUUCCCCCGUCGCUCGUCGCGCAAUCCAGCCCCUCAGAUCCAAUGGCCUUCCUUCCCUGGCCAGGUUCGCCAGCUCUGAGGCUGGUUCCGUCGGAAAGAUUCACCAGGUCAUUGGUGCCGUCGUCGACGUGAAGUUCGACGGUGACAAGCUCCCUGCCAUUCUCAACGCCAUUGAGACCGAGAACAACGGCCAGAAGCUCGUCCUUGAGGUCUCUCAACACUUGGGUGAGAGUGUCGUCCGUACAAUUGCUAUGGAUGGUACCGAGGGUCUGACCCGUGGUGCUCCCGCCCGCGACACUGGUGCUCCCAUCACGAUCCCCGUCGGCCCUGCCACCCUUGGCCGUAUCGUCAACGUCACUGGUGACCCCAUUGACGAGCGUGGUCCUAUCAAGACCACCAAGUUCGCUCCUAUCCACGCUGAGGCCCCCGAGUUCAUUGAGCAGUCGACCUCCGCUGAGAUUCUGGUCACUGGUAUCAAGGUCGUCGACCUUCUCGCCCCCUACGCCCGUGGUGGUAAGAUUGGUCUCUUCGGCGGUGCCGGUGUCGGCAAGACUGUCUUCAUCCAGGAGUUGAUUAACAACAUUGCCAAGGCCCACGGUGGUUACUCCGUCUUCACUGGUGUCGGUGAGCGUACUCGUGAGGGUAACGAUCUGUACCACGAAAUGCAGGAGACUGGUGUCAUUCAGCUCGAGGGUGAAUCCAAGGUCGCCUUGGUGUUCGGUCAGAUGAACGAGCCCCCGUACUUCCGUGACGAGGAGGGUCAGGACGUGCUGCUCUUCAUUGACAACAUUUUCCGUUUCACCCAGGCCGGUUCCGAGGUGUCUGCCCUGCUCGGUCGUAUCCCCUCUGCCGUCGGCUACCAGCCCACCCUGGCCGUCGACAUGGGUGGUAUGCAGGAACGUAUCACCACCACCAAGAAGGGUUCCAUUACCUCCGUCCAGGCCGUCUAUGUGCCCGCUGACGAUCUGACUGACCCUGCCCCCGCCACCACCUUCGCUCACUUGGACGCCACCACUGUCUUGUCCCGUGGUAUCUCUGAGUUGGGUAUCUACCCUGCUGUCGACCCUCUCGACUCCAAGUCUCGUAUGCUCGACCCCCGUAUCGUCGGUGAGGAGCACUACGCCGUCGCUACCCGUGUCCAGCAGAUGCUCCAGGAGUACAAGUCCCUCCAGGAUAUCAUUGCUAUUCUGGGUAUGGACGAACUUUCUGAAGCUGACAAGCUCACCGUCGAGCGUGCUCGUAAGCUCCAGCGUUUCCUGAGCCAGCCUUUCACUGUCGCCCAGGUUUUCACUGGUAUCGAGGGUAAGCUGGUCGACCUCAAGGACACCAUCCGCAGUUUCAAGGCCAUCAUCAACGGUGAAGGUGAUGAUCUUCCUGAGGCUGCCUUCUACAUGGUUGGUGACUUCGAGUCUGCCCGCGCCAAGGGUGAGAAGAUCCUGGCUGAGCUCGAGGGCAAGGCCUAA